AUGGCAUCCCCCGCAGUCGGACACGGCAGCAACUGCAAGGCGACCGCCACCCACCCCUUCGGUCACGGCAAUGGCAGCACCCAUCCAAUUCCCGAUGGGGACUGCUUCCUCCGUGGCUGCAUGUUGACAGAGAUGCAAUGUGGGAUGUGGGGCGAUUCAGCAACCCUGCUAGUUAUAUAUGGAGUGUCUGUAAGGUUCUUAGAAAAGCUUGUGCUGAUGAUGACUUAUGAGGUUGUGACCACCAAUCCUUCUGAUUCUGAAGGCAAAGCUAACAAAGAAAGGAAGGGCAAGGACCAAAUCAUCAGCAUCAGCCAAGAAGAAGAAAGUCACCAAGCCCCUAAGCAAAAGGGUUGA